AUGGACGUACCCACAACUUUAUACCUACUCACAUUCGUCCUCUCGGUCGCAUUCAUCUAUUAUCUGAUCACCAAAGGAAUCCCCAGCCGGCUUAUUGCCAAUCAAGCGCCAACGUCGAGAUUCGAGCUCGUCCCAGUGGAUAACUAUACCUUACCGGCGCGUGCUAGUGGGAUCGAUAUCAUAUUUGUCCAUAGCCUCGGAUCCAACCCUAAUACCACAUGGCGAGCGAGAACAUCCAUAAACACUCCCGACCGGACCGAGCCGAGACAACCGAAUAAGAUCCGUAAAGAUGCACGUAUCUUCUUCUAUAACUAUGACUCAUAUUGGAAGAGGGAUGCGGUCUACACACGUCUUACCAGCGUUGGCAAUAGUCUCCUCGAGCAUAUUAACGGACAGAUUCACCAGUCUAAGGAUGAGCGGAGUCGACACUUGGUCUUUGUAGGACAUAGUUAUGGGGGUCUAGUGAUCAAAGAAGCGCUUAUUCAAGCUAAACGGAGAGACGACUUUAACCAUAUUAUGGAGCAAACAAAAGCGAUCUUCUUUCUGGGUACACCGCAUCGCGGGUCUAGCUUUGGCCCUUGGGGUUGGCUCGUGGCAUCUGCUUUACAACCUCUGGGAUCUAAUCCUCUGAUUCUUGCUAACCUAGAAUACGACUCUGUUUUCCUGAGCGAUCUUUACGAGAGUUUUAUAGCCAGCAUACACGAUGACUUAAAAGUGUGUGUCCCUGAGACAUCUGCUACAUAUGAUGGGAGAACGGAGGAGCUCAGAGAAAAGCUACAGAUACGACACGAUAAUGCUAGUAUUCCAUACGCGGUCACUCUUCAUGGAUUAGGUGGUGCUGGAAAAUCACAGUUAGCCCUGAAAUAUGCGGAAAGUCACACAGAUCGAUAUAAUCCAGUUCUUUGGAUUGACGCAAUAAGCGAGGAGACCGUCCGAUCAAGUUUUAUCAGAUGUGUAACAAAUCUUGGACUACCCGACGAAAAAGGCAACAACGAUAGCUUAUUGCUUAAGGAUGACCGGGUCAUUCAGAGUGUCCUUCAAUGGCUUCGUGACCGGAAUGAAAGAGAUGAUGAAUGGCUGGCCAUUAUCGAUAAUGCCGAUGACUUUACCUGGGGCAUCAAAAAGGUUAUGCCGAGGGGAACUCAGGGACGACUCAUUAUUACUAGCCGCGAUAGCUAA